AUGGGGGCCCCCCAUUCUAGGCCGGGGGGCGUGCGAGUUGGGGCCCUGCUGCUGCUCGGUUUUUGGGGGCUGGUGUCUGGGCUCAGCCUGGAGCCUGUCUACUGGAAUUCGGCGAAUAAGAGGUUCCAGGCAGAGGGUGGUUAUGUGCUCUACCCUCAGAUUGGGGACCGGCUAGACCUGCUUUGUCCCCGGGCCCGGCCUCCCGGCCCCCACUCCUCUCCUAAUUAUGAGUUCUACAAGCUGUAUCUGGUAGGGGGUGCCCAGGGCCGACGCUGUGAGGCACCCCCUGCCCCAAACCUCCUUCUCACUUGUGACCGGCCAGACCUGGAUCUCCGCUUCACCAUCAAGUUCCAGGAGUAUAGCCCUAACCUCUGGGGCCAUGAGUUCCGCUCGCACCAUGAUUACUACAUAAUUGCCACAUCAGAUGGGACCCGGGAAGGCCUGGAGAGCUUGCAGGGAGGCGUGUGCCUUACCAGAGGCAUGAAGGUUCUUCUCCGAGUGGGACAAAGUCCCCGAGGAGGGGCUGCCCCCCGAAAGCCUGUGUCUGAAAUACCCAUGGAAAAAGACCGAGGGGCAGCCCACAGCCUGGAGCCUGGGAAGGAGAACGUGCCAGGUGACCCCACCAGCAAUGCAACCUCCCGGGGUGCUGAAGGCCCCCUGCCCCCUCCCAGCAUGCCUGCAGUGGCUGGGGCAGCAGGGGGGCUGGCGCUGCUCUUGCUGGGCGUGGCAGGGGCUGGGGGUGCCAUGUGUUGGCGGAGACGGCGGGCCAAGCCUUCGGAGAGUCGCCACCCUGGUCCUGGCUCCUUUGGGAGAGGAGGGUCUCUGGGCCUGGGGGGUGGAGGUGGGAUGGGACCUAGGGAGGCUGAGCCUGGGGAACUAGGAAUAGCUCUUCGGGGCAGUGGGGCUGCAGAUCCCCCCUUCUGUCCCCACUAUGAGAAGGUGAGUGGUGAUUAUGGGCAUCCUGUGUACAUCGUGCAGGAUGGCCCCCCGCAGAGUCCUCCAAACAUCUACUACAAGGUAUGAGGGUUCCUCUCACCUGGCUCUCUUGGAUCCAGCCCUUCUUGUGGUGCUCCUCCGUGUAAUUCAUGGUUGGAGGGACACCUCUAGCAUCUCCUUGGCCCCCUUUGCCCCACCAGCUUCUUUGUUCCUCCUGGCUGUUGUCCUCUUCUCUACUUGUAGGAUUCCUUAAGAUUUUCACUGAACCACUUCCUGUCCUAUGAUUGGCCAUGUGUGCCCCUCUUAGUGUCUUCCCAGGUCCUGUUUCCUUGGGGAGGAGGCAGAGACUCAGCCACCUCUUCUGACCAUGACCCAGGGGUCCUUGCCCCCUUUACCUAC